CGUGACGCGGCCUAGCAGCACCACCUUCCUUUCCACCACUUCUCCCAUUGACUAUGGCUGCCGUAGAGGAAGGGCAGUUUCUGAAGAAGGCGACGGGCCAGAAGACCCGUGGUCUACUUCGAGUAAUCAUUUUAUGCCUGAUUGCGGGUGCAGCUGUAAGCAGCCGUCUGUUCUCGGUAAUCCGCUUUGAGAGCAUCAUCCACGAGUUCGAUCCAUGGUUCAAUUUCCGAGCGACAAAAUACUUAGUCCAGAAUGGCUUCUACAGCUUCUGGGACUGGUUUGACGACCGAACAUGGCAUCCGCUUGGACGAGUUACUGGUGGUACCCUCUACCCCGGAUUGAUGGUCACCAGCGGUGCCAUCUACCACCUCUUGCGCUUCUUGUCCAUGCCCAUUGACAUCCGCAACAUCUGCGUCCUCCUCGCCCCCGCCUUCUCAGGCCUGACCGCGUUCGCGACGUACCUCCUGACCAACGAGAUGGUCACGUCCCCCUCCGCCGGUCUCCUCGCCGCCAUGUUCAUGGGUAUCACCCCCGGUUACAUCUCGCGAUCGGUGGCAGGAAGUUACGACAACGAGGCUAUUGCCAUCUUCCUGCUGGUCUUCACCUUCUUCCUCUGGAUCAAGGCGGUCAAGAACGGAUCCAUGUUCUGGGGCGCAUUGACGGCGCUGUUCUACGGAUACAUGGUGUCAGCGUGGGGUGGAUACGUCUUCAUCACCAACUUGCUGCCAUUGCACGCGUUCGUCCUGAUCUGCAUGGGGAGGUAUAGCCCAAGGCUCUACGUCAGCUACACAUCGUGGUACGCGCUGGGCACGCUCGCGAGUAUGCAGAUUCCGUUUGUCGGCUUCUUGCCCAUCCGCAGUAGCGAGCACAUGUCCGCAUUGGGCGUAUUCGGUCUCCUCCAGCUUGUUGCUUUUGUCGAUUGGGUCCGCGCUCAACUCCCAAGCAAGCAGUUCCAGACGCUGCUCCGCGCUAUCGUCCUGUCCGUAGUCGUCAUCGCCUUCGGAGGAUUGGUGCUCCUGACUCUCGCUGGAGUCAUUGCGCCUUGGUCUGGACGUUUCUACUCGCUUUGGGACACUGGCUAUGCCAAGAUCCACAUUCCCAUCAUUGCCUCGGUUUCCGAGCAUCAGCCGACCGCAUGGCCUGCCUUCUUCUUCGACUUGAGCAUGAUGAUCUGGCUCUUCCCCGCUGGUGUCUACCUGUGCUUCACCAAGCUGACUGAUGAGCAAGUGUUCAUUGUCAUCUAUGCUGUGUUUGCCAGCUACUUUGCUGGUGUCAUGGUUCGUCUCAUGCUCACUCUGACCCCGAUUGUCUGCGUCGCCUCCGCGAUGGCUUUCUCCCAGAUCCUGGAUACGUACAUGGAUGUCAAUACACCAAAUGUCGAGGCCAAGGAGGAUGGAAACACGGAUGCUAUCAAGGUUGUUGCUGCGGCCAGUGGUCUGCGAUCCACCCGCAACCCCUUCGUUGGAAUCCACUCGUAUGCGUCCAAGAUGACAGUUGUUGGGUCUUCGCUUGUUUACUUGCUGCUCUUCGUUUCGCACUGCACUUGGGUCACUUCGAACGCGUACUCCUCACCCUCUGUUGUGCUCGCGUCCAGGCUUCCAGAUGGCAGCCAGCACAUCAUCGAUGACUACCGCGAGGCGUACUACUGGCUCAGGCAGAACACACCCGAGAACUCCAAGGUCAUGGCUUGGUGGGAUUACGGUUACCAGAUUGGUGGUAUGGCUGACAGGCCGACGCUUGUCGACAACAACACAUGGAACAAUACGCACAUUGCUACCGUUGGCAAGGCUAUGAGCUCAAGGGAGGAGGUCAGCUAUCCGAUCAUGCGCGCACAUGAGGUCGACUACGUCUUGGUCGUCUUUGGAGGUCUUCUGGGCUACUCUGGUGACGACAUCAACAAGUUCCUCUGGAUGGUCCGUAUUGCCGAGGGCAUUUGGCCUGAUGAGGUCAAGGAGCGCAGCUUCUUCACACCCCGUGGCGAGUACCGUGUUGACGAGGAGGCUACACCAGCCAUGAAGAACAGCUUGAUGUACAAGAUGUCUUACUACAACUACAACUCGUUGUUCCCCGCCGGACAGGCACAGGACCGUGUCCGUAACGCCAAGUUGCCUGCCCAAGGGCCAGAACUCAGCACCAUUGAUGAGGCUUUCACUAGUGAGAACUGGAUCAUCCGAAUUUACAAGGUCAAGGAUCUUGACAACUUUGGCCGUGACCAUGGAAGUGCCGUGUCGUUCGACAAGGGUCACAAGAAGAAGAGGGCGACUAAGAAGAAGGGCCCCAGGGUGUUGAGGGUUGAGUAGGUUCGCAAUGUUCACACGCAAUUUCAUGUAGCAUGUUUCGAGUGUCUGUAAAAUAGGCCAAACCAGUAGGUUUGGCAACAGGCGUUUUGGGAAGAAUAAAAGAAGUUUGAUAUCCCAUUGAGGGGUUCCUGAGGUGGGGGCGUGGCGAGAGGCAUGUGUGCGCUUAUAAGUAUGCCUUGAAGAGGCACGUCUGUUGUCGUUGCUCAGUAUAUUGUCUUCUGAUAAUAACGAUAUGUGACUGGACUCCUCAGCCUGUGUGUACCUGUCAUGGAGGUUGCAGACGCAUGCGAAAUGCUUGAGACCAAGAAGACAUUCCACGGUCACCACGUCUUUCACUUCGAGUCAAUGUAGACCGCCCCACUAAACAG